AGUUGAGUUUCCAAAGGCCGCCGUGUACGCGCCACCCUUGACAGCGGCCGAGCGCGCGAAAAUGAAAACGAGCUUCUAAAUUCGAACGUGUAUUUUUAAAAUAUUUACCAUAAAACAUUUGGAUAUUUUUUUUAAUUGACAAAAGGAGUGACGAAUUCAGUUUUAUUUUGAGUUUAAUAAUUUAUUUCCAAGUGAUUAAAAAUGAAGUUAGUUUUUGUUGAUAACGUACCCAGUGUGCUGCUUAUCUCAUUUAUUCUCCUAGCUAAUGCCCAAAGGUCUUCCAACAAUUUAAGAGACGUCGAUUUUCAAGAGUUGGCGAGGCAAAACAAGAUCACGAAACAGAUUCUAGAAGCGUUUAUACAAAAGAAACUGGGUCUCGCGAGGGGACCUGUGAAGCCACCGUCUGUACACGAGAUUCUUCCGAAGAACGUGAUCGGUGAGAGAAAUGUUCGGCAGCCGGCAUCAGAAGAACAUACGGAUGAACUGCAAGAGAGCCAAGAGUACCCAGAAGACGACAACUUGCAGAGUGUAGAGAGCGAACAGAUCGACUCUAUAUAUUCUGAAGGUAGAAGCAAAAAGUAUGCCGGUGGACCUCCGUUCGAACCUGAAUUGGAUAACUAUCAGUGCACCAGUUGUAAUGACGAUGAAUUGGGCGUUACACGGUGGACUAUGCCUUUAUUGAAGUCAGGGGAGAAGAGAUACUACUUAGGAAUAUUUUUUAAGGCGAACUGGUUCAAAGCGCAGCAAUACUGUCGCUUUCACGGGAUGCAUCUCGCGUCCAUCUCUUCGCAACAGGAGAACGAUAAAUUAGAACAAUACGUCAAAGAUUCAGGUUAUGGCCGCGAACACUUUUGGACUUCAGGCACCGAUUUAGCAGAAGAAGGCAACUUCUUCUGGAUGGCAAACGGAAGACCGCUGACCUUCGUCAACUGGAAUGCCGGGGAACCGAACAAUUUCCGAUACGAGAAUGGCGAAGAAGAGAACUGCUUAGAACUGUGGAACAGAGACGACAAGGGUCUCAAAUGGAACGACUCCCCUUGCUCAUUCGAAACUUAUUUCAUUUGCGAAGUCAGAUCCGAUUGAUGACUUCCGCAUAAAACCUUUAAGUUCUGAAACCAAAUUUUAAAUUCCGAAUCGCUAUUAUAACUUCAUUUUUAUUUUUAAUUUCCAAUUUCGUAUUCCAACUAAGGUUUUAUAGCACAAUGAAAAUAAUCGUGCUCGUUACCUGAUGUGCAUAAAAUUUACAAAAGAUUAAAAUUUAAGUAAAUUAUAGUUAUCUCGAAGAUACUCAAAAACAUGAUUUUUAAUACUUUGAAAAAGUAGACGAAAUUAGACCGUAUCAUUACGAUUUCAAUUUGAAAAUUCAAUAGAAAACAUUCUGAAGAGCGAAAACACAUAUGAAACAAAAACACUAAACUGUAUUAAACCCACCAAAAAAAAAUUAUUUCACACAAAAUUCGGUCAAUAUAUGAAUUUUUCCCUGAAUAAUUUUGAUCCAGUUUGAUUGAUGCCUUUCUUUAAUUUGUAAAUACCAAAAUUCAUUGAAGGACUGAAAUUCUAAAGCUAAUUUUUUAACAAUUUAUUUUCAUAUAAUGACAAAAUAUGUGUUUAUUAAUGCAUUCAUGCAUAUUUGAUGUUACUGGAAGCAAAAUUAUUAUAAUACUUGAAUUUCAAUCCUUCGAUCUCCUGACAUUUAAGGGUAUUAAUAUCUAUAUUUACUAUUCCAAAUCUUUUAUAAUGUGACGAAUAACUUUUCAAACACCAAGCGAUGUAGUUUCACGUAAAUUUUAAGAAAAAGAAAUGUAAAAAAAUCUUUUUUGUGUGUCGAAAUAUGACCCUGUGUGAAUAGUGAUUUUAAUAAUUAUCAUUGUAAAAGUGGGUAUACACUCGAGCAUUUACUUAUCACGGAACUAUAAAGAGAACGACGAAAUAGUUUACAAUAUAUUGAUAUUAAGAGCCUUGGGGGAGUAGAACAGCCGGCAAGAAACUUUAAGAAAAGCAGCCCUUACCAAGUUCCCUCAGAUUUUCAUUUUUAAACGAAACCAACAAAAUGAUUAUUUUAUAUUAUUAUAUGAAAAUGCUCUUUUGAGCUUUGAUUUUAUAGUACCAUCCAUUAUUAUUAAAUCGAAAUACUCGAGCGAAUACCCUAGUCUGUACUCACCUUAGUCUAAUAUUAACGAGAGUUUGAUUGGUCAGUACACGGUGUAGAAUUAAUAUUAUAUUUAUUAUUUGUAUAGCAUUCCAUUUGUAAAAAACAACCUUUAUUAUUAAGAAACAACGAUCACUGCCUAUGAUCCUAAGUUGAACCUCCGAACCGUAUACGGUUCAAAGGACAUGAAUGUCCAUAGUCAAACAUAGUAGGUAAAUAAAUGUAGUUACCUUAGCUAAGUGUUUAAGUAGCUGUAAGAUCGGUUAAUACAUUAUUAUGGAAAAAAAUAUGUUUCAUUUUUAACUAAAAUUGUGUUUCAUAAACAAAAAAGCUAUAUGAUUUUUGGUUCCUGAUUAAAGACCAGUGUCAAAUCCGUGGUACCUUUUUUACUGAGUGAUUACUUACAAGCUGAUUAGUUCUGAUGUUGUGAGAAAUAUACUUCCACAGAUUUAGAAUAGAAUAGAUUAAUCGUUUAUUGACAACCGAACAUUUAAAAAUAAUAUAAAUAAAAAUUAAGUAUAAAAAAUUAUAGCUCCUAAACGUAAGAACACUUCUCAGGAAUCGAACACUUAAGGAAAAUCCUUACCCAUCAAAGAAUCAAUUAAUAAUACUCAAUUAUCUUUGUUUUAUUUGAGAAUUAUAAAAAUGAGGGUAUAAUUCAAAAUAAACUGCAGGACAUAUUUCUUAUGCUAACCUGGACGUGCUGCGUGUAAUAG